AAACGGCCGCUUUUCAUUUACUAUAAGUUCACAAGCGCGCCGCCUCCUCUCUGUUUCUUUUUCUUUAAGUCUCCGUCUUCUCUUCUCUAAGCAAUCACCAUCUCAAAGUACUCGUCUCGUUUAAACGUUUCACUGAACCGAACUUGUCGGCCGCCUCUUUAUUCCUUUACAAUCAAAACCAACUUUUGUUUUCUUCUCAAUUCUUGUAAAAAGGACUUUUUUCUUAACUUUGGAAUGUACAGAUCCCUUUCUGACCAUCAACUUCAAAUACCAAUUUGAACCCACAAAGAAUCAAUACCAAAAGUAGUACUCCUCGCCAUCACCAUAAAUUAAUCUCCGUUUUUGUUAUUCCUUUAUAGUAAAGCGUACACACUUGAUAAUAGUACAACGGAAAAGUAUCCUAAUCAUGAGAGCUAAAUUGGUGGUGUUCCCAAUUAAAGGGAAAAACUGGUGCUUUAGCAGAUCCAUUGACCCGGCUCCAUCAGAAUUCUCCUCUGCUAACACACCUUCCACUGUUAAAGAGCUUUACAAGAAGAUUUCAUCCAAUUCCAAGCCCCUCAGUGCCAAUGCUGAGCUUCUUAUCGAUUUCGUUUCCAACAAGAUGAAUAAGUCUUUGAUGGGAUUGGAAAAGGCGCCUGAAGGCAGUUUCAAAAACAAGCUACAUGGGCUGGGGUUGCGGCUUUUAGCUCGUGUUACACCAUCUGAGAUUUUGCUGAAAUCUAUAACCAAGGAGGUUACUAAUGUUCAGAUUACAUACCCCACCAGUUUAAAUGCAUUGCUUGUGCGGCGAAGAUUACGACAAAUAGCCUUGAGGGGUACUGUUAUACACAGAAAAUACUUUUAUGGUUCGGUUUCAUUGCUUCCACUGACUACUGCAUUUACUGUUCUGCCUCUGCCUAACAUCCCAUUCUUUUGGGUCUUGUUUCGCACUUAUUCGCAUUGGCAAGCUCUCCAGGGAAGUGAGAAGCUCCUUCAGCUAGUCUCAGAUCACUCCCAAGAUCAAAACUCAAUUGUUUCAAAUGGGAAGGAACCUGAGCAUAAAGACUCGGAAUGUGGAACUAAGAAUUUACCAAAUUUCAAAUGGGUGUUGGAACCAUCAAAUGAGUUGGAGGACCUUAUUAACCGGGGACAUGAAGAUGGUUAUCUUAGUGAACAAGUUAUCUCAGAUAUAUGCAAUUGUUUUAGUUUGAACAAGAACGAUGUUUUGAAGUGCAGAGAUUUGGUGUAAUCGACAUUUUUUUCCUGUCGUCUAUAGAGGCUGUGACAACAAUAUGAUGAAGAUAUACAUGCACUUACUGUUGUACAUAGCGUUAAUUCCUUUAUGUUUUACGGAUUAUUUUUUCGGAGAUAGGAAGGAUAUAAAUAAGGAUCUAGCAUGUUACUUUUGAAUACCGAGGAAGAUGAUUCAGAAAU